AUGUCAGGACGGUUUGGGAGGAUGGCGCUUUGGGCGCUCGGCGCCCUGCUGCUCUCAGGGUACUUGUACACGGAAACAGAAGCUGCUCAUGAGCUGAGGGAGGAUCGGCAGGAGGGAGGAAGAGGAUGGACCCUGGACUCUGACCAGCUUCUCUACCGACGACGCGUCGCUCUAACCCGGAGAAAGAGGAACAUCCUGUUUCCCAGCGGAGUCAAGCUGUGCACGCAGGAGACGCUGGACCAGGCCGUCGCCAACCAUCUCAAAUACUUUCACCUCAGAGUGUGUCAGGAGACGGUGUGGGAGGCCUUUAAGAUCUUCUGGGACCGGCUGCCGGAUCGGGAGGAGUACCAGGACCGGGUCAGCCGCUGCAUGGACGGCUCGGCCAGCGUGGUGGACAUCGGAAACUUCUUCAGCCAAUCAGAGGAGCACAUCAGCCUCAUCAGGAGCAGGGUCGCCAUGGCAACUGCGUUAAACAGCUCGGAGACAACAACCGUCCAGGCUGGAGACUCGCUGAUGGAGACAGCGGAGGAUGUGGUCGUCAUGUGGUCGAUUCCACCUUCAGUCAUCGCUGAUGUUCCCACAGAGUCUGAAGAAGAGGAUGUUGCUGACGAUACUGUGGAGGUCGCCACAGAGGUCAUUGACUCUGUUAGCCACAUGCCUUUGGACGGACAAGAAGAAAAGCCUGUCCUAGAUACAACCAAGGAGGAGACUGAAGAGGAUUUAACUCCUACUGAUCUGGAUGUAUCCGACUCAGAGGUGAUUGAAGAAGUCACCCCUGUCGGUGAAGAGCCACCUUUGGAGGUUGUCGCUGAAGAGUUCCUCACAGAAGCUACUGUUGUGGUUCUUACAAAGCCCACAACAGGACCUGCUACAGAAGCUGUCACAGAGCAGGAUCCAGAGCAGCAGGAAACUCCAGAACUUGGUGCUGAGGCUCCGUCAGAAGUCAUUUUGGAGGCAAUCCAGGAGACAACAGUCAUUUUUAGCCAAGAAGAAGAAGAAAUCCCAGACAAUUCUUUAGAUAUCCCCCCCAGGGUGACUUUAGCUGAUAAUGUUUUUGAGGAACCAACUGAAACAGCACAAACUGGAGAAGUUCUUGAAGAAGCUGAAGGACACGUCCACAAAUCACCAGAAGUUGUAGAAGUUAGUCAAGAAACAAGGGAAGUCAACACAGAGCCAAUCCCACCCGUGACCCCAGAACAAGAACCUGUCUCAAACAUAGAAACAGAAGUUCCAUCUCAGUCCUACAUUCUGGCGACAACAGUCAAGGUCGACGUAAAAGCUGUUGAAGAGACUGAAGAGGACCAAACACCAGAAGAGCAACUGACGACUCAGAUUGCUCCUGAUGCCACAGACAAGUCAGAAGAGGAGGUAGAAGUAGGACUCAAACAUGAAGAACCCAUAGAUGUUACCGAAGCUGCUGUUCAAUUGGAGUCUCCUGCAUUAGAAACAGCAAGUGAAGACCUACAUGAGGAAGCAGGGGGCGCUGUGGGGACUGUAGAAGUUCAACUAGAUGUUAUUAGAGAAGGAGAAGAAGAGCCAGUGAAACCAGUAGAUACAAACGAAAAAGACGAAGAACCAACUGAAGAAAGAUUCGUGGCACCUGCGGAUCCUGUAGAGGAAAUAACACCUGAAGAAGAUACAGAGCCCCCAGAGGAACCAGUCGGAGAACCAGAAGGUGUCGAGGGUAUUGCCAAAGAGAAGAAACCUACAGUAGUAGAGGUAGAGCAUGAAGUAGUACCUGAUCUUUCUAUUACAUCUGUGUCUGAUGAGACAACCGAGGAAGAACCAGGAGCAGGACUAACUAAACCCCAAGCUCCAGAGGAGAUGAGGUCCCAGGUCCGUCCAGAGUCUCGUGAGGAGAGGACUUCGGUUGUUGUUGGUCCAGAAGAAGCACCUGAACUUCCAGGAGGCUCAGAGUUUGAAAUCAUUUCAGAAAUCACAGAGGAGGAAACCACCCAGUGGAUUUCCAGUGAGGUCCCAGAACCUGGACACGUUCCUGCAGGUGAGGAAGAUAUUCCCUCAGAGGGUCCAAGGGAAAUAUCCCCAGAAGUUGUGACUCACACUCAGUCAGAGACGACUUCAGAGGUGGAAUCUUCUGAGGAGGUCCCACCAGAGUCUCAUGAAGACGUUGUCCCAGAAGCUGCACCUGAGGAAGACAGUGCACCAAGUGGGGACAGCAUCCAUGAUGCUCCAUCCGAGGUUCCACGAGAGAAGGUGGAAAGUAUCUCUGUUGAUGUUACAGCAGAAGAUACAGGCACUCUAGAUAAAGUGUUUUCGGAGUCGGGUGUCCCUGCAGCGAGUACCCAGGUCACGACCAAGUACCUGGUGGAGUACAACAAUGGAAACUUCCCUGAUGUCACCCAGAGGCCUGAUGACCUGGACGACCUCUCGCUGGGAAACAACGGCCUUGGCUCGGAGGAGGAGAAGCAGAACCCGAUCGGUAACGAGAUCGACGACACUCUGCUGCGCCCCCCCCGGCCCCUGAAGGAGCAGGUGGUGGAGCUGAGCAUCCGGCUGAGAGGAGAGACGUACCACGAGGCUCUGAGGGAUCCCAGCAGCUUCACCUACCAGCAGCUGGCCAAGACCUUCACACGCAAGAUUGAAGACGCCUUUGAGAGGCUGCCGGGCUUUAAGGACGUGUACGUGGUGGAGUUCAGACCACAGAAGGACCUGGAGCGAGGUCUGGUCGUCCUGGUCCACUACGCCAUCACGCUGGAGGUGGACAGCGGCGGCGUUCCCAACGACACGCUGGACUUCAUCUCCUUGCAGAACAAUCUGGUGGAGAAGAAUUACCCUGGAGCCGCCGAGCAGCCCACCGUGGUCUACACCAUCACGGACUUCCGUAACUACAUCACUGAGGCGCUGCACAAAGACAACUUCAUGAGCAACAGCAGCCUGGAGACGCAGGGGGACGCUCUGCAGCUGGAGAACGCAGAGAACUUGCUGCUUUCUGUGAAACCCACGAGUCGACCAGACGACUCCUUCGACAACAUGGAUAAUGUUCUGGCAGCAGAGAAGCCUCCGGACGCCCCGAGUCAUGAGGUGGAAGGCAGCAAUGUUUUUCUGAAGAAGGACGACUUCCUGUUUGACCCCUUCGAUCCGAGGAAAGGUCCUCAGACUGGGGGGGUGAGCGAGAAUGACGUCUUCACGUUUGAGGAGAGCUCGGCUCCUCUGGCGCCCGACGAAUUCCCCGAUAAGACGUUGGACCUGGAGUCACUGGAUGAAGAGAAUAAUGUAUUUAUUGAAGAUGAGGGCUUUCUUCUCAAUAAUGCUCCUGGUGCUGGAGAUGGAGAUGACCAUGCUGUCAGUGCAGGAGGCUCCUCAGCCACUGCCCCUCCGCCGGUGAAGCCUCAGACGGGCUCUGAGAACACCAUGGACGAUGGGUCUGGUUCUGGUUCCUCUGGAGACGGCCAGGGAGCUGAUCUCUGGUCCUGGCAGCUCUCUGUGGCCUCGGAUGGGACUGGCAGCCUGGAGGUGCUACCACCUCCUGAUCUGGAGGAGACUGAUGAGGAGGAUGAAGACCAGGAUGAGGAAGGGGUUGUUGUUGUUGAGUCUCUGAAUACAGACGAAGGUGAUUUGGUUGAAAGAGGAGUCGAACUCACAAAUGAUCCUCGUUUGUGGACAACAACAGCUCCUGGUUUUGAGGAGCCAGUGCUGGAUGGAGGCCUUGAGGAACCUUUUCUGGACGAAGUCCUGGUAACGCCGCACAUCAGCACCGAUCCACGGUACUCAACCACAACCCAAGCUCCUGUGUUCUCACCCAGAGGAACAUUGACUGUUGAACUUUCAGUACAAACAUUUGAAGCGUCUGGAAUCUACGAUGUGUAUUCCCUGACAGAACCACAUGUAACUAUCGGGCCAGGCAGACAUUCUCCUGAUCUUCUUAUUGGACCAACUUAUUCAUCAGUCAAUCUUCAGGAAACCACUGGAGUGGUUGAAGUAAGUACAGCAGCAGAAACGCAGCUUCCAGUUGUUACAGAUGAGUUUACAUCAGCAGAAGACGCACCUGAGAGCGUUCAGGUUGAAGGGAUUCUGGUGCCUGUGGCUCCUGAUACUGAAGCCCCUUCGACCGAAGAGUCUCCGACCUUCGGUGUGGUCCAGGCAGUCACAGAACCUAGCUUUGAUAUCACUGAACUGUCAGAACUUGAGGUUCUCACAGAAAAACCCAAACUGCUGCUGCCAGAACCUGCAGAUCACCAUGAGGUCGAGAUUUUAGAAGAGCAGCACAUCGUCGCCUCUGAUUCUCCAACGACAACAGCAGCGCCAGCGGCCGAGGCUCUAGACUCUGACCUGGUAGCAGAUGAAGUCAUGGUCGUCACGACAACCACCGCUGCUCCCGUCUCCACCUCAUCCCUGAACUCAGACCACAGCAACAGCAUCGCACUCUCGCCUGAGAGAGACUCGCCGUUUACUCGUGUGUCAGAUUCAGCGCCGGAAGACGAGGACCUGAUUCAACUUGAACACCUCAACCUUGAAGAUUCAGAUGAAGUUCCAGGAAGCUUUCCGUCUCCAGAUGUGACUCAUUCACCACCAACAGCGGUGGCUGCAAAUGAAAAAGCCAGUUCUCCAACUGAUGCUUCCGAACCGCUGCCAGGUGCUUCGGCACAGGAUCACGACAUUGACUCAACCUUGACAGAUGCUUUGAAAGAGGAAGUAGAUACUGACAUCCCCCAAACAUCUUCGUCCUCACUUCAGAAAGUCAACGCUCCUGCUACGGAGAUCCAGGCGUCUGAGCUCGAUUUCUCUGAUGUGCCGAGCAUCGACGUCAGCUUCGACGUCUUCCAGUAUGACAGAAUCGCGACGGAAGGCGACAGCAGUGGAUUCUCCAGUGGAACUCAUGGGUCCGAUCUGGAAGCCCUCGCAUUACCAUCCCAACCUGGCAGGGAUCUAACCGUGUUCUUCAGCCUGAGGGUGACCAACAUGGCCUUCUCCAUGGACCUGUUCAACAAGAGCUCCUCUGAGUACAAGGCCCUGGAGCAACGCUUCAUGCAACUGCUGGUCCCGUCCCUGCAGUCCAACCUGAACAACUUCCAGAACCUGGAGAUCCUCAACUUCAGGAAUGGCAGCAUCGUGGUGAACAGCAGGAUGAAGUUCGGUAAGCCGGUUCCCAGAGGCGUCACCAACGUGGUCUACCUGAUCCUGGAGGACUUUGCUAACACCGCCUACCAGACCAUGGACUUGGCCAUCGACAAGUACUCGCUGGACGUGGAAUCAGGUGACCGAGCCGAUCCCUGUAAGUUCCAGGCGUGUAACGAGUUCUCCAGAUGUAUGGUGAACCCGUGGUCGGGCGAGGCCGAGUGCGUCUGUGACGCCGGGUAUCUGAGCGUGGACGGUCUGCCGUGUCAGAGCGUCUGUGACGUGCAACACGAUUUUUGCCUCAAUGACGGCAAAUGUGACAUCAUCCCUGGCAAGGGCGCCAUCUGCAGGUGUCGGGUUGGAGAGAACUGGUGGUACCGCGGCGAGCACUGUGAGGAGUACGUGUCCGAGCCGCUGGUCGUGGGCAUCGCCAUCGCCUCCGUGGCGGGCUUCCUCCUGGUGUCGGCCGGGAUCAUCUUCUUCCUGGCGCGGACGCUGCGGGAGCAGUACGACGCCGAGGACACGGAGGACCCCCUGAGACGUGGAGACGGGUCGCCGACGCUGGAACGUGCCGCCAAGUUCAACCCGAUGCUGGAGAGCGAGCCCGUCAGCGCCCAGUCCUACCGGCGCUAUGACGACGACUUGCCUCAGUUCUACCGCGGCCGUGACCCGGACCCCCCCGAGCUCAGCGGCUCCAAAGAGCUGAGCAGCGCCGAGAUCCAACAGCUCUACCAGAACACGGCGCUCAGCAGAGAGGAGAUCCAGGAGCGUCUGAGGAUCAUCGAGUUGUGGUCCAAGGAUCAACACUUUGCAGAGUUUGUGCAACAGACUCAAGUGUUCCUGGAGAGAAGAGGAAGCUCCACCACGUAGAGAGCAGCGUGAAGAAGAGCUCAGAAUCCUGCCUUUGUCUGUGACUCGAGGGGGG